GACUCCCCAGUAAAUUGGAGAGAAUGCUUCUUUAAAAUAUCCUGUCUUGGAACUGAGGGUUGGUGCACAUGCUGCACAGCCUUCUGUCAACUCACAAUCAGCUGUACAACAACCCAGAUCCAAAAUUAAUGCCUUUUUUACGGCUCUUCUGCCGUAUUUGCAAAUUGUGAUAUAUUUUCAUUUUCAACUUAAAGUAAAGGUUGACCAAUCUCGACUUCUGUGCGUCUUGGCUCGCAGCGGAGAAGCGGCGGUGACCUGCAGAAUAUCGUAAAUCUCAUGGCUUACCAUUUCAAUGACAAUGUCUGCACCAAAUCAUUCACUCCCCGGGAGUACCAGGUGGAACUACUCGAUAAUGCUCGAGAUCACAAUAUCAUUAUAUGCCUUGGGACCGGGACCGCCAAAAUAUUUAUCACAUCAAAACUCAUUGUUGAAUCUGCAAUUGAAGUGCGCAAAUAUAAAAAGUACACAAUUUAUUUGGCGCACAGUGCAAAUGUUGUUUCUUACAUGGCAACUUAUUUAGAAUAUCUCACAGACCUCUCUGUUCAGGGGUUUACUGAAUGGGACCCUAAGAAUUUUCAGAAACUUCAAACUAAUAAGCAGGUUCUGGUGAUGACGCCCGACAUUUGUAUGAACGCUUUAAAUGAAGGUUUUGUGAACCUCAGUUGUGUCAACCUGCUCAUAAUUGAUCAGUGUCAGCUUGUGAUGAAUGUCAAUAAUCCAUUACAGCAAUUAAUGAAAAUAUAUGGAUCAUUGAAUGGAUUCAAGCCUCGGCUGUUGGGGCUCACUCCAGCCCUUUUCAGUUCAGGCUGUGACCCAAGUAGGCUUGAGUGGGCUCUUAAUCAACUUGAAACAGCUCUACACUCUUCUGUGGAAACAGCCAGUGAAAUAGUCUCAUUAUUAAGAUUUAGCACGCACCCCACUGAACGAGUCUUGGAAUGUGCUAUUCAUGAACCUGGGGACAUAGAUAACAAUCUUUACCAACAAAUUGAAGAAGCUCUUACUUUUCUAAAUGACCAUCGUUAUGAUCCAUUUGAAAUAUAUGAUGAAGAAUAUAGAGAAGACCUUCAGGGUAUACCUGAUCCCAAGAUUGAUCCAUUAAACAUAAUGAAUGAAUUCUUAGACAUUCUAAGAACAUUGGGACCCUACUGUGCUGACCGAGCAGCUCUGAUAUUCCUAGUCCAAAUUGAAAAGCUAAAGAUAAAGACUCCAUAUGAACGACACUAUCUUCUAUUGUGUAUGGUUUCCUCAGUGAUGAUCAAAAUCAGGGCAAUUUGUGAGUAUGAAUUUCAGCAAUACGAUGAUAAAGAAAAGAUUUAUAAAUUCUGCUCGCCAAAAGUUUUGAGACUUUUAGAAGUUUUGAAACAAUUUAAACCAACACAAGCAGAUUGUGAAGAUUCUGCCGAAAGCACCUCUCAAAGAAGCAACCCUCUAAAAGCAAUUGAGGGGAGGCCUAGUGAUGAGAAAGGUUCUGCAAAUCCUCAGAACUCACCUACUCCGGCAGAAACCCCUACAGAAGAGAAAGCAGCAGAGGAACAAACUAAAUCAGCAGAAGUAGCCAAGGAGGAACAGGCAGAAAUUCAUCUACCUCCGAGGCAGCCUCUCAAAGCUGUGGGGAGAUCAUCUAGAGGUAGAGGAAGGGGAAGAGCUGGCAGAUAUCAGCGCAAAGGAAACACUGAUGGACCUCGUAGGGGACCAUUUGAUCCUCUUGACCCAGACAUCCUGUGUGGUGUAAUUUUUGUUCGGAGUCACCUCACUGCCAAAAUCCUUUUCUAUCUUUUAAAUGAGGUUCGCAGACAUGAUGAGAAAUUAAAUUAUCUUGGAGUCCAGUACACUGUAGAGAAAACAGCUGACCCUGUGACUGAACCAAGAGAUGCAGAACAGGAGCACCGCAAGCAAGAGGAAGUAUUAAAAAGAUUCCGAAUGCAUGAGUGUAAUUUACUCAUAGCUACAUCAGUUUUGGAGGAAGGAAUAGAACUUCCACGAUGUAAUCUAGUUGUGCGGUUUGAUGAACCUCAGUCAUACAGAUCAUAUGUACAUUGCAAAGGGCGUGCCAGAGCCGCUGAUGCUCACUUCAUUUUGCUGAUAGAGAAGAGGCAUUCCUCUGCAUUUAUACGUCAGCUUGCUGAAUAUUUGACUAUUGAGCAGGUACUGUUAAAGAAAUGUGCGAAUCGUGAGGGCUCGGAGGAGGAAGAGAAAGAGGCAGAUCUCUAUAACUCCUUUGUGAAACCUUACUCUCCAACUGGAUCAACAGAUAAGAGUUCUUGUGCUUCUCUCUCUAAUGCCAUUGCACUGGUCAAUCGCUACUGUGCCAAGUUACCAAGUGAUACCUUCACAAAAUUGACCCCUCUCUAUUCUAUGCAACAAUCUAUGGCUGAUGAUGGGACCAAAUUGUACACUUGCACAUUACGACUGCCUAUUAAUUCCCCUGUAAAGCAGAACAUUAAGGGUCCUCCUGUACCAAACCCUAUUCUGGCCCAACGGCUUGCAGCUAUCGAGACAGUGCGGAUAUUACACGUGUCACGGGAACUUGAUGACAAUCUCAUGCCUAUUGGGAAAGAAAGCUUUCGUCUUACUAAUGACGAAGCCAAUGGUGGCAUAGUUCUAGAACCGGAUGAAAUUGAAGAGGCCUCAAUCCCAUGGGAUUCAAAUGAACCCCGCCCAGGAACAACCAAGCGUCGACAAUAUUAUUAUAAACGGGUUGCAGAGGCCCUCACUGACUGCAGGCCUGUGGCUGGUUCAAAAGCCCUACUUUACCAUGUAAGCAUGAUUCUUACUUGUCCUCUACCAGACGAACAAAAUACAAGAGGCCGUUCUAUAUAUGCUCCUGAGGAUAGCGCGCAAGGAUUUGGAAUACUAACUUUGAAACCCAUCCCAAAGGUCUGCCCCUUUCCCAUAUUUACUCGAUCUGGAGAGGUAUCAGUCAGCCUGGAGCUCAAUCCUGACCCAGUUGAAUUAACUGAGAUUCAUGUUGAAAAAAUUGUUACCUUUUUGAAUUACACCUUUACCAAUGUCUUACGUCUACAAAAGUACUUGAUGAUGUUUGAUCCACAUGCUGCUGAAAACAGUUACUUCAUUGUUCCAACAAGGAAAGAACUACAGGACUCAGCAGCUGUAGUUGAUUGGGAGUUUUUAGACCGCAUUUAUGAUAAAAGGAACUUAAGUCCUAAGCCAGUUGCUGAAUGUGAACGCAAAGAUUUUAAGUUUGAUGCAUGCAAGUAUCAAGAUGCAGUUGUGAUGCCUUGGUAUCGGAAUCAGGAUCAACCACAGUACUUUUAUGUGGCCGAAAUAUGCUACCAGCUGAGUCCUAAGUCCUCAUUCCCAAGUUCUGAAAACUAUAAAUCAUUUGAGGAUUAUUACUUUAAAAAAUACAGUCUAAAUAUCCAGAAUCGAGAGCAGCCAUUGUUGGAUGUUGAUCAUACAUCAGCAAGGUUAAAUUUCUUGACUCCUAGGUAUGUGAAUAGGAAGGGUGUUGCCUUGCCAACAAGCAGUGAAGAAACCAAACGAGCUAAGCGUGAGAAUUUGGAGCAGAAACAAAUUUUAGUUCCUGAAUUGUGUACAGUUCACCCAUUUCCUGCAUCACUCUGGCGUAAAGCUGUGUGUCUGCCUUGUAUAUUGUACAGAAUUAAUGCUCUUCUUUUGGCUGAUCAACUGCGACGUGUUGUAGCAACCAGCAUUGGUUUGGGCUCUCUCGAGUUGCCUCAAGACUUUUACUGGAAGCCUUUAAACUUUGGCUGGACUCUAGCAGAUGUCUUAAAACGCUCACGGGAGGUUAAAGCAAAAGAAGAAUCUCUUAAAGACAAAGACACUGACACAGAAAAUAGUCAGGAGUGCCCAGUGAAGUCUCCUCCAGAUGCUGAAAUUGCCAAUGAAAAGCUUCCACAGCCCAAUAGAGUACCCUCUGAAGGGACUGAAGAUAAAAAGAAGACAGACAGCCCUUGGAUUGAUAUAGGAACUUGGUCCAAUGAGAUGGCUGCACACCCUGCCCCUGGCCCUGACCCAGACAUCGACUUUUUCGACCCCAAUGCAGCCUUGCCUGGAAAUGUGACAAUGCUACCAAAUAUUCCAGACAUGGGAGGUGGCUGGGGUUCUGGAGGUGGUCCUACAGGAGCUGCACCAGGCACAGGCUGGGGCUCGCCCACCUCGCACCAGGCGGAGCCUGGCACUGGCGGUGGUCUGCGCAGCGGCCCGCGCCAUCCUGGGGCUGGAGGUCCUUCCGCCUCACCCUGGGGGGUAGGUCCUGGUAGGGCAACCUCCGCCAACUUCCAGCCGGAGCCCUGUGCCGCACCGGACUCUGACUCCUACAGCGACCUGACGGACGACGAUGACGAGGAGGAGGAGGACAGCGGCUCAGACUGCGGUGCGGGUGGCGGCGGGCUGCGCAUCGAGUACAAGCCGGACAACACCGCCGAGGCGGUGGAGGACGCCGGCAAGGAGGGCGGCUCGAGGCUGUCCGUGUUCCAGGCACCCAUGGAGCCUCCUUGGGACUGGUACAGAAGCCGGGAACCCGACAGACAGGAGGUCUGUUGUGGCUUUGAGGAGAGCAUUAAAAUCAAUACUCAAGUCAUCCAAACAGAUGGGCGCCUUAUUUUGAGUGAUAAUCCAUAUAUUCUGGUGAGAGCUCCCGGUGACCAGGCUGCUAUUAUACAAUCUGAUGUAGAUGAAACCAAGCUGAGGGCAUUGAAGUACAUUUCAGAGUUCAACAAUAAUAGGAGUGACAAUAACCCUAUAUGUAGUUCUGGCUCUUCAGCUGUUGCUGAAAGAGCUCAAAAUAUGCCAUCUUUGUCUGAAGAUGACCUUGGUUUCAAGUUUAGUUUUGAUGCUCAGCCUGACCUGGAUGGACACCCUGGACCUUCUCCUGCCAUUAUUCUGCAAGCUCUCACCAUGUCCAAUGCGAAUGAUGGAAUUAACUUGGAGCGGCUUGAAACCAUAGGAGACUCGUUUUUAAAGUAUGCCAUUACAACCUUCUUGUAUUGUACUUAUGAUUGUAUCCAUGAAGGGAAACUGAGCCACCUACGGUCAAAGCAGGUCAGCAACUUAAACUUAUAUCGGUUAGGAAGGCGGAAAGUGUUUGGAGAGAGUAUGAUUGCCACAAAAUUUGAACCUCAUGACAACUGGUUGCCACCAUGUUACUAUGUACCGAGAGAUUUGGAGAAGGCCCUCAUCCAAGCGGGAUUGCCUGCAUGCCAUUGGAAUUCAGCUGACCUACCUUCAUUACGGAACUUGACCUUAGAGGAAAUUCAAGAAAAAGUGAAUGAAAGGAAGGAAACUCUAAAACUUGCCAAUAUCAGUGCAGAGACAGACUCUGAUGAUGAUGAUGUCCCCCUAUCUGCCGCUCUGCAGCACAAGAAACUUGUUCAAUUCCAGCAGCAGCAGCAGUUGAAGCUUUUGCAACAGCAAAAAGAGAUUGAGAAGAAUCUGAAGGCAAUAGAAGGGGAGGCUGGUGAAGAACAAAAAGAGUUAAACACUGAUAAUACACCUUCAGACACAGACCCUCUUGUGCUUCUGGACUCCAUGCCGUGCUUCAUUCCGUACAAUCUCAUUACUCAGCACAGCAUACCAGACAAGAGUAUAGCUGACUGUGUGGAAGCACUUAUCGGUGCUUAUCUCAUUUCAUGUGGUCCCCGAGGGGCUCUGCUAUUCAUGGCAUGGCUGGGAAUAAAGGUGUUGCCUCAAGAGGAAUUGUCCGGAUUGGAUGGCAAUGUUAAGAUUCAGUAUGGUUCCCUCCAACCUCCUAAUUCUCCUCUUCUGAGACAUGUGACAAAUCCAGAAGGCCAGCUUGAAAUUCUAUUGGAUGGUUUUGAGAAGUUUGAGCAGAAAAUUCAUUACAGGUUCAAAGACAGAAGCUACCUCUUGCAAGCUCUUACACAUGCAUCAUAUUCACCAAACCAAUUAACAGACUGUUACCAACGUCUUGAAUUUCUUGGAGAUGCUGUUCUGGACUAUCUUAUCACUAGACACCUGUAUGAGGAUUGGCGACAACAUUCACCUGGUGCUCUCACUGAUCUACGCUCAGCCCUUGUUAACAACACAAUAUUUGCAUCACUUGCUGUGAAAUUUGGCUUCCACCAAUUCUUUCGCCAUCUAUCCCCUGGGUUAAAUGAGGUUAUUGAUAGGUUUGUCAGAAUACAGGAGGAAAAUGGACAUGCAAUAAGUGAAGAGUACUACUUGAUUGAGGAAGAAGAAUGUGAAGAGGCAGAAGAUGUAGAGGUCCCAAAAGCCCUAGGUGAUGUCUUUGAGUCAGUGGCUGGAGCAAUUUUCUUGGAUAGUGGAAUGUCCUUGGAUGCUGUUUGGAGAGUGUACUAUCGUAUGAUGCGCCCAGAAAUUGAACAAUUUAGUACUAAUGUUCCAAAAUCUCCUAUUCGGGAGCUACUUGAAAUGGAACCAGAAACAGCUAAAUUUGGCAAACCAGAAAAAUUAGCUGACGGACGCAGAGUGCGUGUCACAGUGGAGGUGUUUAGUAAAGGUACUUUCAAAGGUAUUGGAAGAAACUAUCGGAUUGCCAAAUGUACUGCUGCUAAAUGUGCUCUGAAGCAACUAAAGAAACGAGAGAUGAUGCGUAGUAAGUAAGCGUGCAGUUUAGUGUUACCCAUGCGCAUGCAAUAUCAGAGCACAUCAAAUAUGCAUGUGUUCUUUUAAAAUUUCUGAAUUUCAUUUGUGAAUUUGGUCUUAAGUGUUUUACAAUUUGUUUGGGAAUUUGUAUGGUGGUAUAUUUGAUGUCUAUUUUUUGUCAGUGUGAGAGUUAAGGUGAAUUAUAAAAUUAUGUUCAGCUAUUUUUUAAUGUCUCUAUUGGCUUAAUGAAAGGUACCAGUGUGUAGUGAUGUUGCCCAAUCAAUUUUUCAGUUACCUCUGAUUUUAAUGCACAUGAAUUUGCCAAGAAAGCGUAGCCAUUUUUUCCCCUUUUCUUUUUAUUAUCCUGUAUCUAACGCUUUUUGUUCUCAAUUGAGAAAUUAAUUCUAUUUUGUUGUUCUUUUUGCAUAAAUACUUUUGGACUGUUUUAAAAAUUUGAUGAAUCAUGUAUAGGACAAGUGUUAUAAUAUAUUGUGUUUGUAUUAAUGUACAUUCUUAGGUAUAAGUUAGUCUUCACAUAUUAUGCAACAUUUAGGGCCUCAUUCUAUUAUCAUUAUUAUCACUACUAUUGUGAUCUUAAGUUUAAAGCCUUGAUAUUGGUUGCUAUGGUCCAAAGUAAAGGUGAUUCUGUCAAGAUAUUUUCUUAAAAUGUGUUUGUUACCAAUUUAUACCAGGUAACAUACCCAUUUUCAGAUAUUUCAGAUGCAUCAAAUCAGUCAUGAACUACUUGCAGUUAAUGUCACAUGCCAUUCAACUAAUAUACACUUAAGCAUUGUAUGCGUAUUCUGUGAUAUUUAAUGUGAAUUUGUAUGUUUGUGAAGAUUCAUGGUCUUUACUGUUUGGAAAUCAAAACUUACCUAAAGAACAUUCUAACCUUCAGAAACAUAAUGAUAAUCUGUAAUUUAUGAAGCAAUGAAUGAAUGUAUUUGUGUAAUCAAUAUGGCUGGUGUUUCAGAACACUGCCGCUGUAACUUUUUAGGUAUUCCUAAUUAUUAAAUUUGUUUAUAAUCUGUAAUUUCAAAUCUCCAAGGUAAAGAAUAGUAAUGGCUGCAUCCUUCUGCAAUAUGUUUAGACUUAAUGUAUUCACCUGAAUAUAAAACCCCCUUUUCCGCCCUGAAAAAUCGUCUCUGAAGUAAGGUGGGUCCUUAUAUGCCCAGCUAACCUUUUCCACAUUGAACCUAUUUUGUCCCCCUGAAUUUGGGUCCUCAAAAGUAUGGGGUUCUUAUACGUGGGGAGGGGGUCUUACAAUCAGGUGAAUAUGGUAGGGUCAUCUACUGCUGGAAAGAUUUCAUAUUCAGAGUGUCCUUGUAGUUUGUAUUCCUAGGAUAUCCAUCCUGUGGGGGAGCGUGUGUUUUCGCCAUGCUGUAAGAUAGAAUAGUCUGCCCAGAGAUCCCGCUUUUUGUCUUGUUCUGUGAUUGAGUACCCUCCUCAAGUGUUUACACUUUUUUUUUUUUCAUUUUUGUUCUUGUGUACUUGUACUCAUUUUAAUCUUGGUAUGGGGAUUUAUUGCUAGAGUUGGAGUUGUUUGCUGAGGUAUUUUUGGUGUCCUUCUUUUAGAGAUAUCCUACAUAUGAUUGCAAGAAUUAUGGAAAAAGUUUUUCAGCAAAGAACUGCUCUGGGAGUGGCCAAAUAUGCCAGUUUAACAGUUAUCACUGAUGAUAUAGCCUUACUGUCACAACCUCCAGCUUUACAGCUAAACCCGCUUAUAACGUACAGUUUCGAAGGAACGGCCGGGAGCUAUGAUGUGUCGGGUUUUAAGUUGUAAGCGGGAUUUUUAAUGAUCACGUAACAUUACAUCCGGGUUCAUGUUAAAAGCUGGUUUGACAUACUAACUGAGCAGUCAUCCACUAACAUCAUUGAAAUUGCAUACCAUGUGGGAGAACUACUAUGCAACAGAAUAAGUGUUUGAUUUCAAAUUGAUGUUGCUCAAUUACACUUAAUAAGUUAAGUUGAGUAAUUUUUUUCUGGGUUAGUUUUUCCCAUACACAUGAUUUUAUUUAAGAGCUAUUGCAAUACCUUUGUGUCUUUUGAAAAUGUUGGGAUUUUUCAUGUCAUUUAUCUUGCUUUACCAAGUUUGUUUUAUUUGGGAAUUCAAUAAGUGACCUUAUUUUCUGGCAAACAAGUGAAAAUUAAGUCACCCAAUAUUUGUAUAUUGUUUUUCUUGCUCUUUGUUUUCUUCUCUUUGUGCUGGUUGUGUUUGCUUUUAGCUCAUCUGUCACUGUACAUCACUUUUACAUAAAAUUUGUUCUCAUCCAAAGUUGAGAAUGAGACUACCAACCUUGUAGUACUUCUAAACUAUCAGGUUGUGAAAAAGAGGAUAUCUUAAUCAUUGUACCUCAAUUUUUUAUACUGCUACCAUGAUUGUUGUUUGAUUCAUAUUUUAGAGAAAAUUUUAGACACACAUGAUCCUGACUCAUCCUGAGGGGGCGCCCCGUUUGUCCGAAGCCCGUUUGUCCGAAGUGAAAUAAUCUAUUUUAGUAAAUAAAAUAACUAAAGUAGUUAGUUACAUUAUGUUAUUUCAUUUAGUGGCAGUUGUUGAAAUAAGAGCUAAAACAGGUACAGAUACCAUCAAGAGGGCAAACGAGGUGCCCAACAGCAGUUCCGGACCCGGAAAAGGGUAAGUGAAAUAACUUACGCUAUUUCACUAACUUAACUAAGUUAAUUAACUUAUAUUUGAAUUAGUCUUGGUUCGCGCCACGCCGUCGA